GGGAGAGGCGCCGCCGCCAGCGCCGCCGUGGGGACCCGUUAGAGCGGAAGCGCAGCCGCCGCCGUCUUGGCGCUCCUGGGGCCCCCUGGUUCCCGGCAGGUGGAGGCGAGAGCCAUGUCGAAGCGGCUCCGGAGCAGCGAGGUGUGCGCUGACUGCAGCGGGCCGGAUCCUUCCUGGGCAUCCGUGAACAGGGGCACGUUUAUCUGUGACGAGUGCUGCAGUGUCCAUCGGAGCCUGGGGCGCCACAUCUCCCAAGUGAGGCACCUGAAGCACACGCCGUGGCCUCCGACGCUGCUGCAGAUGGUUGAAACCUUGUAUAACAAUGGUGCUAAUUCUAUAUGGGAGCAUUCCUUGCUGGACCCUGCCUCUAUUCUGAGCGGAAGACGCAAAGCUAAUCCACAGGAUAAAGUACAUCCCAAUAAAGCAGAAUUCAUCAGAGCCAAGUAUCAGAUGUUAGCCUUUGUGCAUCGCCUGCCCUGCCGGGAUGACGACAGCGUGACCACCAAAGACCUGAGCAAGCAACUCCAUUCAAGUGUGAGAACAGGGAAUCUUGAAACCUGUCUGAGGCUGUUAUCUUUAGGAGCACAGGCCAACUUCUUUCACCCUGAAAAAGGAAACACCCCCCUCCACGUAGCUUCCAAAGCAGGGCAGAUUUUGCAGGCUGAAUUAUUGGCAGUAUAUGGAGCAGACCCCGGCACGCAAGAUUCUAAUGGGAAAACACCUGUUGACUAUGCCAGGCAAGGAGGGCACCAUGAGCUGGCAGAUCGCCUCGUAGAAAUACAGUAUGAGCUGACCGACAGACUGGCCUUCUAUCUCUGUGGCAGGAAACCAGAUCACAAAAAUGGACAGCACUUUAUUAUACCUCAAAUGGCAGACAGCAGCCUGGAUUUGUCUGAAUUGGCAAAAGCUGCUAAGAAGAAACUUCAAUCCCUAAGUAAUCAUUUGUUUGAAGAACUUGCCAUGGAUGUGUACGAUGAAGUUGACAGGCGAGAAACUGAUGCAGUCUGGCUUGCCACACAAAACCACAGCACCUUGGUAACCGAGACAACCGUCGUCCCCUUUCUUCCGGUCAAUCCCGAGUACUCGUCAACACGAAACCAGGGCAGACAGAAACUAGCUCGGUUUAACGCACACGAGUUUGCCACGCUGGUCAUCGACAUUCUCAGCGACGCCAAGAGGAGGCAGCAAGGCAGUGCUCUCUCUGGUUCCAAAGACAAUGUGGAGCUCAUACUGAAAACCAUCAGUAACCAGCACAGCACCGAGAGUCAAGACAAUGACCAGCCAGACUAUGACAGUGUGGCUUCAGACGAAGACACGGAUGUGGACACAGCAGCAAGCAGAGCAAACCGGCAGAAGAGCCUAGAUUCAGAUUUAUCAGAUGGACCAGUCACUGUACAGGAAUUUAUGGAGGUCAAAAACGCUCUAGUGGCUUCUGAGGCCAAGAUACAACAGCUAAUGAAGGUGAAUAACAACUUGAGUGACGAGCUGAGAAUUAUGCAGAAAAAGCUUCAAACACUGCAGAGUGAAAAUUCGAACCUCAGGAAACAGGCCACCACCAAUACAUGUCAGGUGCAAACUGGUUCUGAGUACCCAGAUCCUUCCAGCCACUCUUCCUUAAAGCGACGUCCGUCUGCCCGGGGCAGUCGGCCCAUGUCCAUGUAUGAGACGGGAUCAGGUCAGAACCCGUAUCUCCCAAUGGGAGAGGCGAGCCACCCCGAGGAGAGCAGGACGAGACUGCAGCCCUUCCCAGCACACAUCGGGAGGAGUGCGCUUGUGACCUCCUCUUCGUCUCUGCCUUCCUUCCCCUCCACACUUUCCUGGUCGAGGGACGAAAGCGCCCGAAGGGCCUCCAGGCUGGAGAAGCAGAACAGCACACCUGAGAGUGACUAUGACAACACCCCCAACGACAUGGAGCCAGAUGACCUGGGGUCAGGCCGCAAAGGACGGCAAAGGAGUAUGGUGUGGCCAGGUGACAGCUCAGUAGCAGACACAGCAGAACCCCACACAGCCCCAGGCCCCAGUCUUCCCAGCACGGAAGACGUCAUACGGAAGACAGAACAGAUCACCAAGAACAUACAAGAGCUCUUGAGAGCAGCCCAAGAAAAUAAACAUGACAGUUAUGUGCCCUGCUCGGAGAGGAUACACAUCGCCGUGACAGAAAUGGCAGCUUUAUUCCCCAAAAAACCCAGGUCUGACAUGGUGAAGACUUCCCUUCGUUUGCUGACAUCCAGUGCCUACCGCCUGCAGUCAGAGUGCAAGAAGGCCCUGCCGGGGGACUCCGGCUCGCCCACGGACGUCCAGCAGGUCACGCAGCAGGUCAUCCAGUGCGCCUACGACAUCGCCAAGGCCGCCAAGCAGCUGGUCACCCUCACCACCAAAGAGAACAACAACUGAACCAUGCAGCCCCGUCCUGUUUUCUAGACUUUCUACAGCCCAGUUUCAAAUCCAGACCUGGAAUUCCUCAGAUUUUUACAGACGCAUUGGAUGAUGGUUUAAAACUUUUUAAAAGAAAACACAGUAUUAUUUUUGCAUGUUUUCUAACAAAUUUUCAACUAUUAAUUUAACCCACUUGCCUUAUUUUGUGCCUGUUUGCCAGUGUUAGUUCCUGUUGUGUUGUCAGCAGCUGUUGAACUGACCUUGGACAUCCAGAAGUGGAGCUUCGUUGUUUGUGGGAGCUCCCCCAUCCUCUGCCGCUCUCAGCCUGUGGCUAAAACGGAAUGAGAUUUCUAGUGAAACAUUUUCUUGAGAGAGCUAGGUUUAGAAAAAAGAAUCAACACAGCAUCCGUUCCCUACCAAGCAUCGUGCGGUAGUGACUCGUCCAGCCUCCUGCAGAGUCUUUGGGGCGUCUCCAAGUGCGUGUGCAGAGAGAGGACCUCGUCACUUUCUGAAAACAGUGCGACAGUCUCUCUUGGAAGGAAACAGUGAAUUGACCCAUCUCUUCUCGCCCUUCUGUCGUGUUAAAUGUUAUUUAAUGUCUUUUCCCCGUGGUCUCCCGUCUCUCCCGUCUCUGCUGUCUUAUGACAUCCUGAAGUCUGUGGAGUCCGGUGAAGCAGUCCUCCUCCGCUGUGUAUCUGAUUCGGCUCCGUGCACCUGGGAGUGCCGCCCACACUGCCACCAUGGCCAGGCCUCCGCCCCCCCCACCCCUGGAAGUCAGGCGCUUAGCGUCAGCCUCGCCAGCCGGAACUGGUCUGGUUCCACCCACUGUUGAGAUGUCACUGCCAGGUACUGUGGGGAUGGGAAGUGACUGCCCCCAGCGUGGGGUCACACCUUCCACCCGGGACUCAGCGCCUCCUUUCACCGCCACAGCCCUCUCUCCAGAGCUGCUCUGCGCCCCUCCUCAUUUUUAAGGACUUCAAAGGUAAGACGUGUGCAAUCAUCCGAGUUAGUUUCUCCUACGUUACCUCGCCGGUUCUUAAAAACAGGACAUCACCUUUCAGGGACUGCUUGGAGAGAGUGCCGUAGCUGACUGCCAGCGCUCGCAGAGAUCCGAGAAGGCGCAGGCUGAAGCCGUAGAGCGUGCUGAGUUUACCUUGUGGCUCGCUGGAAAGCUGGCUCACAGCCUCAGUGCUGAAGCGCAUUCCUCUGCCUGCUGAGAGCCGCGCUUUCCUCCUGGCCUGACCUGAAAGAGCAGGGGCUGUGAGUGGACGGAGGGGGUGCCAGGGGACAGCCGGGGAGCCCACGGCCCAUCCAGCUGGCCCAGCAUGGCCCCACCCAUGUUGCCACUUAGAAACGGCAGCCUGGGGCUGCCAGAGCUUUGAUUUGUCAGGAGACACCAGGAAUCUGGAUGUGAGAGAUGCCCCCUCCGUUUAUGAAAGUGGCCAGCCAGUCUGAACCUCUGCACAGAAUGUGUGCCCGUGAGCUGCCUGUUCACCGCCUCGGCACGGGGGCCUGUAUGCUGUGCCGUGGGAGGGCCUUCCUGGCCACACCUGGGUCAGCCUCUGAGCCUUACCUGAAAGCCAGCCAGCCUGCCCUUGUUACGUCGCUGCCGGUAUCCCUGUGUCCCUGCCUUCUGUAGUGGUCAGUCACACACACGAAGAAAUCAGAAUCAUUAAGGUUGCCUCAGCACUUGCAAAAGAAGCCGCUGUGUUCACAGAACUGGUUCGUCAAUGCCUUGCUAGUUUGGACGGCACACUGGCAUGGCCACGGUGGUGUGUGGUUUACUGGUCAGGGGUGUGGACACUUUUGUCAGUUUUACUACCCUGUGAGUAGCGUAGGGGAAGGGUCCACAUCGCCAAGACUCAUCCGCCUGUCUGCCCACGCAGCCCUAAGUGCCCUGUUACCGCUGGGUGCCUGGGAUGCCUUCUGGAGGGGCCUUCCCCCACCCUCCCUCCCCCACCCGCCGUAAGCUCCAGCUCCAUCUAGAACCUCACCCGCAUGCUUCCACGCCUGGCUGUGCCCCCUGUCAGGCUCCCCACUGCAAUCCGGAGCCUGUGCCCUUGGCCUUGUCUGCAGGAAGUGGAGCAGCGACUUCCCUGGGACUCUCACCCUGCAGCAGAGCACAUUACCUGGGAAAGUGGCCGUGAGACCGACAGAGCACGUCCAGAUAUAGGAGAAGCCCUGGAGAGUCUGUGGUUCACCCUGCAGUGCCAGAGCUGCAGCAGCGGAUCCGAGGCUGAGUGAGUGACACACAGUGACGGAGAGCUGCAAGUCCGCCCUCUGUCACGUGCUCUGUGCACUUCCUUGGCCACCUCUCAGAUCCGGCGGCAGAGUUCUCUGAUCCUGUUGGCAGACCGCACCUUGUCUGAACACUGGCUCCGGCCGCCUCUGCACAGGGACCCCACAGCCUCGCACUCAGGACGUCUGCGUUCCGCAGUGUGUGUUUUCAGUACACGUGCUCAGUUACCCGUCUCCCCAGCUCACAGGACAGAGGUGCACUUUAUGAAACUGGCACGUGGCUGCACGGAAGGAAACCGCUCUGCCCGCUUCGCUCCUUUCGCUGAAAUCGUCUGCCUCAGAAAUGCAAAUAGUUCUUACUCGCCAAAGAACCGUGAAUUGGGCCCACAGAUCAGACACAGCCUUUCAUCAAAUGGGAACUAUCAACGCACAAGGCAGGAGCGGUUAGCUCCGUUCCUCCACGAUUUCAGCUGCAGAACCAAGAACGAGACUGGCGCGUUUGCAUCCUCGACAGCACCCGUGAGCGUCCGGUGAUUCAGUUUCGUUUCUCUCCCGUCUCUGUUGAAGGUGAGCCUGGUUCUACAGAAGGGAGUGCUGCGUAGGAAAGACGAAAUGCCUUUGGUUCAGAUGUGCUGUGUCCGGGCCGCCCGUUCUGUGCUCAUUUUCCCUCUUUAGUGUACAUUCUGUUUCUGUAAUUAUUGUACCCUUUUAAGUGUUGUAAAAUCGUUUUGGACUCUGUGCCUGCUCAUUAUGCAAUAAACAGGCUCUGUAAGUGUGUGC